GUUCCUUCUGUGCUGAAAAUGUGACAUGUUAUUUUUCUUCAAGGUAUGCAAAAUCCAGUCAAAUCAAGACCAUGUCCAGCAGCAAGAUAUUUUUUAAAGGCAGUAGAUUUCGAUACAGCGGAAAAGUAGCCAAAGAGGUUGUGGAGGCAAGCUCUAAAAUCCAAAGGGAACCUCCUGAAGUUCACAGAACCAGCAUUACCCAGAGUCGCAGCUCUCCCUCCUGGAACAAGCAACUCAUAAUCAACAUGGAACCUCUACAACCUCUCCUUCCUUCUCCCUGUGAGGAGGAAGAGGCUCCUUUAGACGAUGGUGUCCAACUGCCAAGGGAAGAUGAGAUUUCAGUCCGAGUGACCUCAAGCUCUCCAGUUAAGGACACUGGGGAGAAUGUUGAUCUUGCCAUUGAACAGGAAGAAAAAAUGAAAGAAGAACCUUUAACCAUCUCAGAACUGGUAUACAAUCCUAGUGCCAGCUUGCUGCCCACUCCUGUUGAUGAUGAGAUUGACAUGCUCUUCGAUACCUCUCCAAGAGUAGAGUAUGAGAAAGAUGAUACAGAUUCAUUUGAGGAACUGGAAGCAGAUGAAAAUGCAUUUUUGAUUGCAGAGGAGGAAGAACUGAAAGAAGCUCGCAGAGCGCUUAGGUGGAGCUAUGACUUUCUAAUGGGCAACAUAGAGGUGAAUGCCUUUGUGAAAAGUUUCUCCAGACUUCUCUUUGUAGGCCUUGGACUGUUACUGUUUGUGUUCCCUCUUCUCCUUGUUCUCUUGGAGUCGGACCUUCAAAUCUCUUUUCUCCAUGAAAUUCGUCAGACACCUGAGUUUCAGCAGUUUCAUAUUGAGUAUUACUGCCCCCUUAGGCAGUGGGUGGCUUGCAAAAUAAACUUCAUUCGUGACAUGCUGGGCAGCUUUUAAAUUUUAAAUAAAUAUGGUAAAACUAAGGGCUAUAUUCAAAAUUUCAGUUAGUGCCAGCUUUCCAUAAUGCCCCUGAAAACAGUACCUGUUCCAGACAGUAGCUGUCUUCAUAUCCAUACAUGGAUAAACUCAUAGAUUUUUCAAGUUCUUAAGUUCUCUUUGCAUUGUUAAAUUUCCUGUUUAGCUACAGGCUUUUAUGGUCAGGUUUCAGUAACCAAAAGGAAGAUUUAUUCUAAUUGCAUUUCAGACUUCCUGCUCAUCUAUUACAUCAUGUAAGAUGGGGUCACAAUAAGUUUCGUUGUCCAUAAUCUUUCAGUCCAUGACACUAAAUCCAAUGAAACUGAAAGAAAAACUGUUUUGAAUAUACUCCUUAGUGCAGCAGUCUUCUAACCAAUGCCUAUACAAGCAAUGUUUAUGCUGGGUUUUUGUUUUUGGUUUGUUUUUCUGUUUGUUUGGUUUUUUUAGAAUUUUACAUGUUUAAAAUAUUUUGGUAAUUUUUUAGCAAAAGACAACUUCAGAUGUUAUUUAAAUGUACAAGUUGGUAAGAAAAAUGCACAAGGAAACGUGGGAUGUUUUUAGUGUUUUAGCAAUGACUUGUUUUUAAACUAGCGGCUGCAGAAUGAGUAAGUUUAAUAUAGGUCUAUAAAGAAAGAGUCUGGUUUGGGAAAUACAUAGAAAGUUCACUCAAGUUCAGUAGGGGCUGCCUGGGGGAGGUGAAAGGACACCAAGUACGCAGAAGAAUUUCUGAAAGGCACAGUUGUAAAGCUUAUGGAAGUGAGCAGAAAGGAAAGUAAUGGUACUUCCUCUUAGCUGUCAGGUUGUCUUACAUAGUAUCAGUGCUGUAGAAAGUCUCUACAAGAUAGAGACAUUUUGGAAAAGAGUGAGUUCAGUCUAAAUGUAGAUUAUUUUAGGUAACAUCAAAGUAGAUAAUAGUAAGUAGGAAGAAAAAAAGCCAAAGCCCUCACUUAAAUUAGUAGGUGAGUGACCUACUUUUAAAAAUUAUAGAGAAAAAGAGGAAAAGGAACACGUUUUAUAUUCCUUUUUGAAAGCAAAGCAUUAGGCUGUACAGUUGACAUAAGAGUAUUCUACUGACUCACCAUUAAAGGCUUUAAGUAAAAGAUGCAUCUUAAUCCUUGAUGCCCAUCAUUACUAAUCUCUAAGACAUGUUUUCUGUGCAUACGAAUAUGCUUCGUUUCAUAUAUUACAGUACUAUACUUACCCUCUUUCCUUGUUAUUACAAAUCCAGUUACGUAUCUAAUGCUGUUUCAUGUAACAUGGAUUUGUAUAACUAAAGGUAUUCCAAUAUAGCUUAGAGAAUAUGCUUAAGUAAUUCCUGUCAGUGCUGAGAAUGUUUGGUGGCCC